CAGGGCCAGGGACGCUGCGGUUGCAUAGUACGUGCAGCACGCCGCAAGUGGAAAGUGUUCGCGCGUAGUGGCAGGUGAUCGGUGCAGCUGGUAGCUCGCCAUGGAGACCGAAGCCUCGCAGACCAGUGUGAGGGAAGUGGCGGGCGAUCGCAUGUCCACUCUUCCAGAAGAUAAAAAGAAGCCGGUGCCUGAUGUGCUCGAACUGAAGGAGCGAAUACAGCAGCUGCAGACGGAGGCGGUGGAGCAGCUGGAGCAGAAGCUGCAGCAGCUGGUGGAGGAUGCGCUGCGAGUGGCAGAGGCACCGGCCACGCCGCCCUCGCCGUCCCACCACCUGCUCUACGACGACGUCAAGUACCGCAACAGGAGACACCACCCCAGUUCGGGAGGGCUGCCGGAGAAACAGUUCCUGGCCAGAGAGUCGCUGCUGACGAUCCUGAUGAGAGUGAAACACCUCCACACCGUCUACAACAUGUUCGUGGCCGUGCUGCUCAUGCUCUUCCUGCACACCGCCGUCUACGACCUCGUCGCUGACGGCCAGUUGAAGCUGGGCUUCUCAACUAUAUUUUGGAAUUUUGGUGGACUGCACAUUGUAAUGGCAACCUGGACCUCCAUGCAACUUGCAGUAUUUGCACUGUUCAUUGCAUUCUGUCACUGGGCAUCAUUUCGCGUUUCAUUGCCUAUUUCUGGAUUUCAGAGACAACUUCUGGACAAUAGUGCUCUGAUUGUCCUAAUUGCCUUCAAAGUUGGUUUCCUGGUGCUCCCAGUACAUGUUAUACAAUAUAAUCAGUUACCUCCUAUCUCAGUUAUGAUCCUCCUUUGUGAGCAGAUGCGAAUGAUAAUGAAGAGCUACGCAUUUUUACGAAGUCAAGUGCCAAAAGUUAAAAUGUUCAAGCCUCAUACUGAUGCAACAGGUGUCCUACUACCAGACUUCAACCACUUUGUGUAUUUCAUGUUUGCUCCAGCCCUUGUUUAUAGAGAGUCAUAUCCAAGAACUAAGCAGAUCCGCUGGAAGGUGGCGUUAUGGCAUCUGACAGAGGUUUUUGGAGUAAUCUUCUUCAUUAGCUUUUUGUUUGAAUGCAGCUUGGUACCCAUGUUCAGAAAUUUUGGAAAGCAACAGCUGUCUCCUAAGGCAAUGGUUGUAGCCAUUUUUGGUAGCAUGGUUCCUUCACUUACUGUAAUGCUUAGUGUAUUCUAUUGCAUUCUUCAUGCCUGGAUGAAUGCAUUUGCUGAAAUAACAAGGUUUGCAGACCGCAUGUUCUACAAGGACUGGUGGAAUGCUAAUUCCUAUAGGGCCUACUAUCGGAACUGGAAUGUUGUUGUCCAUGAUUGGCUGUACACAUAUGUGUACAAAGACCUGAAUGAACUGCUAGGUGGGAAAAGACGAACUCUUGCUGUACUUGCUGUUUUCUCCCUGUCUGCAAUUGUCCACGAGUACAUUGUCACAUUCAUGUUUGGUUUCUGUUAUCCAAUGCUCUUCAUUGCCUUUGAUGUAUUUUCAGUGGGUCUGAUGCUUGUAUCACGUGAUCGGCUGCCAGGUAGCAAUCUUUUGAUGUGGUUGCUCUUCACAAUAGGAACAGGGCUUCUUACCAGCCUCUACAUGAUGGAGUGGUUCGCUCGACGCCACUGCCCUCAAUUUAUUGAUUCUACAUGGGACUUCUUUGUGCCAAGGUCAUGGUUCUGCUCUCCACUCACAUCUGAAUAACAACAACUUGUGUACCAUAAGUUAAGCAGGACUUCACUUUGAAGAUUGCUCUCAAAAGUUGUGGAUACUCAAGAGAACUAACUUUCAAGAAUAGAACUAACUAUUAAAAUAUGUCAGUGCACCAGAAUAAAUUAUUUUUAUAGUGUAUAUAUACAGACAUUUUAAUUGUGUUCUAGUAAGUCCAUUUUGUUACAGUAUUCAUAGUUUGUUGCAAUGUUAACUCUGUGAAGAAUGUGACUGUGAAAGUUGUACUUCUGUAUGUGAUAUACUUUUGCACUUCUGUGGUGUGAAAUGUUUCUAUGUAUAUGGCAUUUGUAACGUUCUUAUUUUGGUUUUUUUACUUAUCAACCAGCAUCCUCAUGCUACAUUUUAGCAUCCCCUCCCCCAAGCCCCUUAUGUUGCUUUUAAUGUACAAACACUGAAGGUACUGUGUAAUAAUACAAUAAGUACUGAUGACCAUGAAAGUACAGAAUAAGUCUCUUAAUGAGUUUCUGUACAUAAGUAAAUGACAGAAUUUUGUCUUAAUUGUAAAUGUGUUAAGUUGUUUGACUUUUAGAGAAGUACACAAAAGUAACACAAGUAUAUAUUUGUUACAAAACUGUACAUCAUCGUAAGUCAUAAGUGACUCCACACCACAUUAAAGAUUCCUUUUCUAAGAAAUGCAGCAAAUACUGUCAUCUGUCCAACUGCUGUGUUACACAGCUGUAAUACUGGAGGACAUCUGAGUUAGUGUCUUGUUGACGUUCUCUUACAAGGUAGUUGUUGAAGCAGAGAGGAUACAAUCAUAAUACGUGAUUCUUAAUUACGUCUUCCAUAUCAGUUGGUUCAUUUAACUUAAGAUUAACAAAGCUGUCACAUCCCGUGGAUUUUUGUUUCGUGGCCUGACGUCUAUCGCCUGUCUUCAUAAGUUUGGCAAAAGAAGAUGCCUUAUGCCUUCCCCCAGUCUGAGCCCAUGGUGGCCCUCAUACCAGAGUAAGACUCAUGAUUAGUACCUCGCAGUCACACCACCACCACCUACAAACUUACUCAGCCAACAUCAUACCCACUUUCAGUCACAGCUGGCUCCACAGUUGCUUUGCUUUGGUGUGUCCACACUCUUAUUCUACUUCCUCAACAAAAAUACCUGCUCAGCAACUUGAAUCCUAGAACCUCUUGUGUAAUAUGCAUUUUCUAGAUACAAUACUACCCAUUUGCUUCUGGUAUGCUACAAGUGAGAUUCACUGCAGUGGGAUCAGAAACAAUUUCACAGCUGACACAAGGCCACUCAGGUUCAUGAUCAUUUUGACUUAUGAAUCCCUAUCAUCCAUGUCUGACAGCAUUAUUUUGGGCACCUAUUUCAGUUCAUCUAAUCUGUGGGUAUAUAACGUCUACCAGUCACUUUGAAGGCUCCAUAUUACCUGUUACAAUAGGAGACAGCAAUGUCAUAGUUGGCAUUACAACAGAAGAAAUUUGGGUAGUUCUUCACAUUCCCAGUGGAUAAGGCUGUCAGAUAAAAUGAUAACUCUGUCAUGGUGUAGGAUUUUAGUCCCAAUAACAUCAAUAUCAUUUAGUUUAGUCGGUAUGUGUGUAGACAAUCGAUUUAGUAAACACUUGAACAUGUCAAAGGAUGGAAAACAUGUAACAAUGUUUUUGAGAAGGAAAGUUGCCACUCACCAUAUAGAAGAGGUGCGCACACACACACACUCACACACACACACACACACACACACACACACACACACACACACACACACAUUCACACAAAUGCAAAUCACACACAUGACUGCAGUCUCAAGCAACAGAAACCACACUGCCAGUGUGCUAUAACGAUUUGAAAGUACAAUAUCACUGCUACCAGUCAUUAGGUUGCAUUGUCGUCAAUCCAAGAGCUGCCAGUAGAUGGGUCUGCCACACCAUGAACAGAAUAGCUUACAUCACAGAACAAUUUUGUUAAAUGGAAUAUAAAUGUUUUUGACACUGAAAUCAAUACACGGUGCAGGUGGCAGUUGUCAUAGUAUUGUAAUUACGUGAGUUAUGUUGUGUUAAUUGAUUACUGAUUUUCUUUCAUUAAAUAUUUUGUAUAGAGAAUGGUGGAUACUACUCCUUAUCAGAAUUUGUUGCAAAGAGGCAAUCUUUGUUAGACAUUAAUCAACAUGUUACGAUUAAUUAUUUAUGUAAUAGGAAUUUGUUUAGGAAGUGAACUGGUCUAGACGUUCUGUGCAGUGCAUAGUAUUUGUACAUAAAUGUAAAUGUGAUAUAUUCUACCUAGCUUUGCAUUAAUAAGAA